AAGAAAGAAUAGAAAAUAAUAAGAGAAGAAAAAAUAGAAUAUGAAUUUAUUUUCAAUAUCAUUUCUUGGAUAUCAAAGGCAAGCUAGAAUAGAAAAUUAAAAUUAUAAUAGUACCAUUUCUUGAAUGAUUUUAGAAUGAUUAAUGUUUUUGGAAUUUACAAGAUGGCGUUAAUAGUCAAUUUUUAUUUAUUUCUAUCUUUUUUUCAUUGUUUGCUAUCUUGUCUUCUAUAUGUUUCAUUCGCGACAUUCUAAAAAUGGCGCGAAUUUUUGAAUUUUUAUUUUAUUUUAUUUCUAUAUCCUUUUCCAAGUAUUUAUCUUUCUUUGCGUUCUUUUUUUAUUUGCUCUCUUCUAUACUUGCAUCUAAGAAACAGCUUCGAUUCUAAUUAAUUUUAUUUUUUUUUCUAACUUAUUGAUUAAAAAUUUUAACAAUUUUAAAAGUAGCAUUUUUUUAAAUUAUUUAUAAAUAACAUUUUUAUAAAAAAAAUUCAUAAAUUAAUAUUAUUUUAUGUCUUAUAUUGCAAUAAAGAAUAUAAUUUCUAAUUUCAUAAAUACAAUUUAUAUGACUAUCAUAAGUUUAUUUACUUGAAAAUAAAGAUCUAUAAAUAUAAUCUAAUACAUAAAAAUAUUUAUGAUAGAUUAUAAUCAAAGAAAUUAUUUUUAAAAUUUUUUGACUUUAAUAGUUUUUGUAAUUAAAUUCCUACAAUUAUAGAAAGUAUUAAAUAUAUUUUUUGCAUGAUUAAUAUUUCAAAACAUGAAUACAAAAUCUCAUUAAAUAUAUUAGGUUAAGUCUAUCUUACAUCAUAUCUGUAAUAGUGAUAAUAUAUUUUUGAUUUAUUGUUGAUACUUUAUUUGCUUAUUUUUUAAUAUAUAAUAAUUCUUUUUUUUAAUAUGUUUAAUAUUCAUUUUUUCUAUAUAAUUUAUUAAUUCAAUAUAAAUUCCGUGACAAAACAUGAAUAAUAAUAAAAUUAUUGUGUAAUAAAAUUAGAAAUUUAAAUAUAACCUCUAUAUAAUCAAUAAUAAUUAUUUUUUGAUAUGUAUACUAGUUUAAAAAAUUCAUUGCCAAAUUUUUCUAUUAAUAUUUUAAAAAGUGUUACAAGAAAAUAUACAAGUUUGACUCUAAAUGAAACAGAAAAUGCAUUUUAUCCAUCUAUAUUGGAUUUAUCCUACGAAGCUAAACUUAAAAGGAAAAAUGAAGAAUGGCACAAUAAAAUUAAAAAAUUAGAAACUGUAGAGGAAAAGUUAAUAGGAAUUAAUAUGCCACGUUAUUAUGGUUGGAAAUCAUUAAAUUUAAAGGAAGGAUUUGUACCAUAUAAUUCAUUACAACAUGCUCAAUAUAUUACACAUACUCAUGUUAUAAACAAUAAUAAAUUACCUGAAUUUUAUGAUACAGUAAUUACAUCUGAAAAAAUAAAUGCUUUAGUACAAAUUAUUAAACAGAAUAUAGAAAAUAUUAUCAUUUUUGAAUAUAAUCAUAGAUUAAAAAAACAAGAAAUAACGGAGGAAGUGGAUACAAAAAAAGAAAAAUUAUUGCAAAAUGAUAUUACAAAGGCACUUGUUUUUCAAAUCAAUCGAAUAAUAUUAGCUGUUUUAUCUUCAACUACACCACAUUUAUUAGAAACUGAAAUAGAUUUUGAACCAAGAGUGGAGGCAUUUUGGUUUGCAGGUGGUAUAGAACACCAACAUUUAUCUAAAAUACCAAAAGUGAAGUCAGAAUUUCUAAAAGAACGUCUACGUAGUGCAGUUACUAUACCUGUCCAAUACGUUGGUUCUCCAAUUUUACAAUUAAGACAUCAAUUUCCUUUAAGAGAGAUUUUUUCUCUAAAUCAAUCUUUGAAUUCAGAAUUACUUAUUCCUGAAUUCAAAUUUAAUCCUAGAGUUCUAGGUUAUAAAUUUUCAUAUAAACAUGCAACUUGUAUACCUGGUUUUUGGCCUGGCGAUCCUUCUGAAUUUGGUUUAUUAUCAUACCAUAAUAUAAAUGAUUUAACUUUUAAUUUCUUACCUUUAAGUGAAGAAGCAAUUACUGUACAAGCUAUCUAUGCAUCUUAUAGUUGGUUAUUAUCACAGGCUUGUUAUCAAGGUUUUUCAACAGUUAAUGAUAUAACAUAUCCAUUAGUGUCACAAACAAUUUUAACAAAUGGUCAAUACUGGUCAUUUUGUGUUUAUCAAUUGAAUACUACAUUAGUCCAUUCAGAAUAUGCAGAUAAUAAUCUAACACGUAAUAUAUGUUGGAUAACACAACCAAUGAUGUUGUUUGAUAAAGUGGAGAAUGGAAAAAUUUAUGGAUUUAAUGAAGAUGUUUUAAAACAAUUGAUCACAUUUUAUAUGAAUGCACCUGUAAAAAAGAAUGAAAAUAUGAAACCAUAUUUAGGUGAUUCUAUAAAGUAUCUUGCUGAUAUUACUGAUAUUGAGCGAAGAAUAUGGCUAGAAAAAUUAUUUAAAUAUUUAAUGUCAAAUAGACCAAGACAUUUCAAAAUACCUGAAAUGUACCAUUGGCAAAAAAUUUAUUUAGUUGACAAUAAAACUCGUUUCUUGGAAAAGAAACGUGAUCCAUGGCAAUUUGGUUAUAAACCUUAUAAACGAAGAUUAGAUGAUCAUAAACCAGUUUAUGUUCCAAAAUGUUUAAGAGAGAAUCCCAAAAAGAAAAAAAUAGGCCGUUGGGCAAAAUCAUAUUAUCCAGAUGCAUAAAAUGUUAGAUUUUAUAUUUACAUAAAUAUUGUUAACAAAAGCAUUUGUAAUUUAUCAAUAUAUAUUUAUCAAUAUAUAUUAUAUCAAUACAUAAAUUAAAUUUUAA